CGCCCCCAGCCCCCAGCCGCCCCCGGCUCUGUCCUGGACGGCUGCGGAAUCCUGCGGAAGCCUCUCUCUGUGGCCCUGGGAGACUGGCUCUCCCCACCUCCACGUGUUUGCGUGGGAAUAGCACUGCCGGGAAUGUGGGCGGCCGGACCGGAGUUUGGGUUUACGUCUCGGGUGUGCACGUGGGAGUGGAGUCGCCGGCUCCCAAAGUGGGUCUGUUUAUUGCGGGAGGAGCCGUCAGACCGCUUCCCCGACCUGCACGCCCAGCGGCUGUGUGCGGGGUUUGCGCGGCCUCAUGGUCACGGUCACCCUGUGUGACCUGACCGCCGGGCAGCGGCAUCCCCGCGUUGCCCCCUCCACACCCAGUGAUUUUCCCCUCGCGAUGCACAGCCCUCCGGCCUUCCGGAAAAGAGCUGUCUUGUCUUUUCCCUUAUUACAGAAGCGAUCGCUUGUUCUAAAGAAUUAAAACGUUGAGAUGAAGAUGAGAAGCGAAGAGGGACGAGCGCUCCUGCUGCGGGAGCAGACGGCUCACAGCCGCUGCUCCCGAGACUGUGGCAUCGCUGGGACUUUUCUCGGGCUUUCUCCCACGUGGCGCUGACGGGUUCUCUCCCGUUUUUCCCUGCUCUAAAUCUGGCCGUGAGGAACUAUUUUUUGUCUGCAAGAAGCGUUUUCUGAGGUCUGGGUUUCCCUCAGAUCAGCUUCUGGAGAGGGGGUUGCCUGGUCGGGGGCCCCCAGCGCCUGCGUGCGGCUCCGCAGCCGUGUGGCGACCGUCCCGUGGCUCCGAGCCCAGCGCUGUGCCGGAGCAUCCGGGCUGCCCGCUGCCGCCGUCCACAUGCUGCUGCUGCUGCUGGCGACCUCCAGCACCGGCCCCCAUGUCUGUGACCCCAGUGUCCUCGUCUGUGAAGUACGGGUCGUAACGACGCUGACCUCAGAGGGUCCCACAUUUCACCCACUCUUCAUGCUCUGUGCGGCCUCGAAGCCCUGCAAGAGAGCCCUCCCACCCCUGCAUCUCUAGCCUCUGCUCAGGGCCUUUGCACACGCGUCCCUGCAUCCCUCUUCCCUGCUCCUCCUGCAGGGCCGCUCCUGCGGCUCCUCCUCCUGGGAGAUCCUCCUCCGACCUCCUGGUGCAGCGGGCCAUCCCUCCCCUCCCCUCUCCGCCCCCCCCUCAGAGCAUAUCUUCAGGGAACUUCACUGGGUGAACUCGCCUUUCGUGUCCAGACGCUUGUUCUCACUCGUAGGGCCCCCUUAUGUGGCUGGGGCUGUGGCCCGAUCACCAGGGCGCUGUCCAGUGUCGGAGCGACGCCUGGCCCGUGGGGAGACCCUGCGCCUCUGGGGUGGGAGUGACGGGGACGGGGGCGGAAAGAUGCCAGCGCCCGCAGAACUGCUGAUGCUCUCGCCUUGGCUCCCGUGAGGCCGACGGGAAGAUCUCGUCUGAUGAGGGCCCUGCGGGGAGGGGGCCUGUGGUCCUUGGGCAGCUGUCCCGUGUCACGGUGGGCGCUGUGAUGCUGCGUGGAGCCAGAACCUGAGCAGGGCACCCCUGUGUGUGUGUUCCCUCGCCAACCUGGCCCGACCCCGUGGUGGCCCCCUGUCAUCAGUGGCCGGGGCCGAAGAGGCCUGGCCUUUGCCUGCGGGCUCCGACCAGGGGCCCCUUGCUGGCCUCCUGCCAGGCUCCUGCCUUCUGUCCACAUUUCAGCAGCACCUCCGAGGCAGCCACUUGCCAGCCCCUGCUCAGGGCCCCCCAGCGUGGCUCCUGGCCCCUGAGACGGGCUUGCCUUUGUCCUCGCCCGUGUCCCAUGCUCCUCUCGAUCCUUGUUGACGGUUGGCUGGGUUUCAGGACGGCAGAGCAGUUGGGACCAAGGAGUCUGCAGCGGCACCUUUGGUGUCCUGUCCCUGCUCCGCGAUGACCUCACUGUGACCUCACGUCCUCUGCUGUGACGUGGGGAAGGGGGUUGUUGACAGCACGGCAGUGCAGGGUGGCACAGAGCUGGGGCCAGCGGCUGGAAAAUGGGACCCCGGUGUCCAGGUUUGGCUCGUGGGAGGCACGUGGGAGGCACAUGGGACGCUGCUGUGUGAGUGAGCACUCGUCUGGCGAGGACCUGGCCCGGACAGCCCGGGUUCACGCUUCUCCGUGGGCCGUCUGCCUCCAGGUCUCGGCCACUUGUGGCUCAGCUUCCUCCUCUGCGUGCUGGGCGGCAGCAUGGCCCACUCAGAGGGCUCGGGCGGGACCGAAUGUGGUAAUGGCGUGUGACGCGCGUAGAACUGGGCCUGGACCUGGGAGAUGCCUGCGAGUGUCUAUGAACUGGACAGGUGGCUUCUCAGAGCUCCUCUCAGAGAUCAGCGGAGGUUACUGAGGGGACAGGCUUGAGCCCCCUGGCAGUGGAAUGGGUUCCUUUCGGUGCCUGGAUGGUGGCGAGCCCCCUGUCAGUGGGGGAUUCAAGAGAAGUGGGUCUGGCAUAUUGUGGUGGGGGCAGAUGGUUGCUGUUGGUGGGUGCUCGUGCGCAGCUGCUCCUCUGCAGAGAGGUCCCGUGUGUGUGGGGGGCGGGGUUUGCCCUGAGCUGCGUGCACUCAGCUUCGGGGACGAGGUCCCCGUCCCCGGGGAGUGGCGCCACAGCAAGGGACGGGUACCCCUGGUGCCAGGCCCUGCUGCAGUGCAGGACGGACGAGACCACCUGGGGCCGGGGGCCUGUCCCGGUCUCCGGGUGCUGCCCGCCAGCUCCUUGCCCAGCAGGGGAGGCCUAGGUUGUCUGCCCCGGGAGUCAGGCCCUGCCACAUGGCAUUGCCCCUGGCGGCGGUGAGUGGUGAGAACCUGACCCUCGAGGCCAGUAAAGAAGGAGGGGAGCGAUUUCUCCUCGGCAAGGCCCACUGCGUGGGGUGGGCGGUGGAGAGAUGAAGACACGUCCACACGGUAUGUGCGUUCAGACGUCUCCAGCGGCUUUGCUCCUCAGCCCCGAGGUGGAACAGCCCAGACACCGUCCGCGUCGGCCGGUGGACAGACGACGUGGAAUGUGGUCCGUCCGUACGGUGGAGUCUCGUCCAGCUGUGAAAAGGACAUUCGGACAAGUCCUGCGAACGUUACACUGAGAGAAGGCGCAGGACACCCAGUGACAUGGCGUCCCGAUUCCCGAAAUCUCCAGAUCCCGUAAAUCUUCAGCGAUGGAGGCCGCCGCUCCCUCCCCCGAGGCCAGCAUUGUCCGGCCGCCCCUCUGAGUGCAGAUGCCAGAGGCUCGCGCCUUACCCCAGGACCCCCAUACAGAGUGUUGCUGGGAGACCCGAGCGCAUGAACCCCCUAGAGCACUCAGGUGCCCAUGUCGGCCUCGCCAUUCCGGGCCGAUGGGCAGGGAUGGACUCUGGGGCUAGAGCCGCAUCCGUGCGUCGUCUUGUUUAAACCUCAGGCCCGUGAGACGGGUCGGCGUGUUGGUGGCGGUCCGGGUGCUGGGAGGUGGGGGGAGGGAGGCUGAGGCAGGAGCUGGUCUCCCCAGGCUCCAGCUGCGGGCGGUGGAGUCAGGACUCCUGCCUGGCCGGUGGCUGCAGCGCCGAGCUCCCUCCUCCCCCAGAUGGUGCGUGGCCUUGGGCUGGUCCCUUGCGCAGGGGCAAUGCGGGCCGUUUUUCCAUUGUCCCUCAGGUACCAGCUGCCUAUGCUGCCUGCCUGGGCCGAGCUGGGUGCUCGGAGCUCGAGCACGGAUUGGAGCCGACGUGGCGCCUGGCUUCCUACUCUGGCGUCCUCUGAUCUCUGCCCUUCCGUCUCCUCCCCUUCUUCCAGGGACCCAGACAUGGAGCUGCGGGAAGAGGCCUGGUCUCCGGGGCCGCUAGAUUCCGAGGACCAGCAGAUGGCCAGUCACGAGAACCCAGUGGACAUCCUCAUCAUGGAUGACGAUGACGUCCCCAGCUGGCCCCCGACCAAGCUGUCCCCACCCCAGUCCGCGCCCCCGGCUGGCCCCCCGCCCCGGCCGCGGCCGCCGGCGCCCUACAUCUGUAACGAGUGCGGCAAGAGCUUCAGCCACUGGUCCAAGCUGACGCGGCACCAGCGCACGCACACGGGCGAGCGGCCCAACGCCUGCGCCGACUGCGGCAAGACCUUCUCGCAGAGCUCGCACCUGGUGCAGCACCGGCGCAUCCACACGGGCGAGAAGCCGUACGCCUGCUCCGAGUGCGGCAAGCGCUUCAGCUGGAGCUCCAACCUCAUGCAGCACCAGCGCAUCCACACGGGCGAGAAGCCCUACGCCUGCCCCGACUGCGGCCGCAGCUUCACGCAGAGCAAGAGCCUGGCCAAGCACCGGCGCUCGCACAGCGGCCUCAAGCCCUUCGUGUGCCCGCGCUGCGGCCGCGGCUUCAGCCAGCCCAAGAGCCUGGCGCGCCACCUGCGGCUGCACCCCGAGCUGUCGGGCCCCGGCGUGGCGGCCAAGGUGCUGGCGGCCAGCGUGCGCCGGGCCAAGGCGCCCGAGGAGGCGGCGGCGGCGGACGGCGAGAUCGCCAUCCCGGUGGGCGACGGCGAGGGCAUCAUCGUGGUGGGCGCGCCGGGCGAGGGGUCCGCGGCGGCCGCAGCCAUGGCGGGCGCGGGGGCCAAGGCGCCGGGGCCCCGCUCGCGGCGCGCCCCGGCCCCCAAGCCGUAUGUGUGCGUGGAGUGCGGGAAGGGCUUCGGGCACGGGGCGGGGCUCCUGGCCCACCAGCGCGCCCAGCACGGGGACGGGCUCGGGGCGGCGGGGGGCGAGGAGCCCGCUCACAUCUGCGUGGAGUGCGGCGAGGGCUUCGUGCAGGGCGCAGCGCUGCGCAGACACAAGAAGGUGCACGCCGUGGGCGCGCCGUCGGUCUGCAGCCGCUGCGGACAGAGCUACUACCGGGCGGGCGGGGACGACGACGACGACGACGACGAGGCUGCCGGCGGGCGCUGCAGCGAGUGCCGCGGCGGGGAGGGCCGGUAGGGGCGGAGGCCCGGGGGGGCAGGGCCCCUCGGGCUUGGCCGGGACGCUGGCGCUGGACCCGGAGACCAGAGAGAGGCGGACAGAGGGGCGCCACCAGCGGCGGGUCUCCUCUCCCCCUUCCCCGCCCCCGCGGUCCGCGUGGAGCCACGGGCGGCCGGGGGUGCUAGGGCCCUCCUGCCCCCGCCCUGCACCCUGCCCCGGCCUGGCCUGCCCUUCUGGUUCUCUGCGAGCCCGGGAGGGACCGAGCGUGAGAACUGUAGACCCGGGGACGCCGGAGCCCGCCACUGGACGACCGGUGCCCCGCCCCUCUUUCCCUUGCCCUUCCGCCCCCGGGGCUUGCGAGGAGCCUUCCGGGUCAGAAGGGCCAUGCGGGGGGAAGGGAAAGAGGGUCCUUUCCCCUGUAGAGUUUUCUUUGAAUCAUGCCCGCUCCUGACUGCGUCCUGCCCUUAUUUUGUCUCUGCCCUGCGGGUCCUGUUGUUUUUCUUGGCCCUCGUCCUUCCUCCCCUCCCCGGGUUUGGGCCGGGAGGAGUGCUGGAGCGGGACUAGCCCCUGGUCCCCGCGUCCCUGCGGAGCUGGGGUCCGGUCUGUUCCCUGGCCUGGACACGGCGGCAGGAGGGUGCGGGGCAAUAAAUGGCACUAUCCGAUUGUC